AAGGUUGCGUGUCCCAAUAUACUAUUUCCGGUGGAAUAUCCGUGCAUUAAGGAAGGCAUUACUGAUCCAUGAAUAUUUGCCAAUUGAUGAAUUUUUGAAGUUUGAAUAAACCUUUUUUCACCGAUGGGAUUUGGUUUGUGCUACUACCGGUGUCAGUCCAGGUUCGAGGGUGGAAGGAUAAAGGAUAACGAACUGAUUGAGUUACCGUGUCUAAAGGGCGGCUUAAAUCGUGACCAAAGAGUGAUAAAACUAUCCCAAAUUUGGCAAUGGCGGGUCAUCGCAGUGAUAAUUCCUCAGAAUUUUUCCAUAAGGAAACGUUCUUAGUCUUGAAAUAUCUGGGCUUCUGGAAGCCGGAAGAGAUGUCUAAGUGGAAAUCCAUUCUCUACAACAUCUACUCAACUCUAAUAUUAACUCUCUUCAUGACAUUUGGUCUGUUUCAAUUCUUGGGCAUUCUCCUUUUGAAUCGUCCGAAUCAGAAAGUUUUUAUCCAAAAUAUAUUCAUAACUCUCACGACAAUAUGUGUAUGUUUCAAAAGUAUCAACUGGAUUCACUAUCGUCCGAAGGUUGUCACAAUUUUGGAAAUGCUGAAGCAACAUCCGUUUAAAUGCCAGACAUCGAAGGAGUGCAUGAUCUACCAGCACUUCAGCAGUAAAAUUCGACGCAUUUUGAUUUUACCUCGUAUAUACGUCAUGAUAGUCCCAUUGCAUUAUGUGGUUGAUCAAUUAUUCACAACUCUACCGCAAAGAACAUUGCCUCUCAGCGCUUGGUUACCGUAUGAUUAUUCUACUCUAUCAGGACAGUGGUUAUCAUCCAUCUACCUUGGACUAGGUCUGUAUGUAGGAGCUCAAUUCGAGAUUACAUACGACAUUCUCUUCUUCGAAUUGAUGAUGCAAAUAGUGGGUCAGGUGAAGAUAUUGAAGAACCGAUUUCAGCUCAUGAUGGCGACACUAGUAAAAGCCAAUGGCACCAGGGACUACUUUACAAAAAAUCACUUCCUUCCGGAACACGUAUUAUUUCAUAGUUGCGUUCAAUAUCACAUCGCUAUUGUCAGAUUGGCUAGAGAUAUAAAUUCCAUCUUUGCUCCCAUUAUGAUGAUACAGUACUUGGUAACUUCGCUGGCUCUGUCUUCGACGGUUUAUCUCAUGUCCGAGACGCUGAUAUUGUCGAGGGAGUUCCUCAAAUUGGGAGGGUACUGGGUAUUUAUAUUUCAGGAGAUGUUACUACUCUGCUAUGCUGCCCAUCGUACGUAUUUGGAGUUUGAUGGCAUUGGGGAUGUUUUAUACAACUCUGAUUGGAUCGCACUUAGUGAAACAACCAAGCAAUCAGUGAUGCUCAUGAUGGUUAAUACUAAGAAACCGUUUGUUUUCAACUGCGUUGGAAUGUUAAAAUUGGAUAUCGAGGCGUUCAAAAAAGCACUUAUGCUGGCGUAUUCUAUCUACAAUAUUUUUUAAAUAAUGAAAACCAAAGCUCGUGUCACAGAACCUAAUGUCGCGGUUUUUUAUAUGAAAAGCGCUGUAGUCUAAAAUUCCGACGUUUUGUUGUCUAAUUGUUGUUCGAUAUAUUUUGUUCAUGUCCUAGUGAAUUUACCCGCAUCGUCGGUGAGAUGAUUCUGUUGUAAUCAACGAAAUAAUAG